GAAGAUAAAGGUACAAUUGGCUACAGUUGUAUGAAGAUAGAGGUGCAAUUGGCUACAGUUAUAUGAAGAUAGAGCUUCAAUUGGCUACAGUUGUAUGAAUAUAGAGGUACAAUUGGCUACAGUUGUAUGAAGAUAGAGGUGCAAUUUGGCUACAGUUGUAUGAAGAUAGAAGUACAGUUGGCUAAUUGUAUGAAGAUAUAGGUACAGUUGGCUAAUUGUAUGAAGACAGAGAUGCAGUUUGCUACAUUGUAUUCAGGACCAUGAAACUGGAGAAAAAUGAAAAUGAGAGAUAUACAUUCAUUUUUCACGGAACUUACCUCUGUACUAAAAUUCUGCAUUUAAUGCUAGUGUUUCCUAGAACAUCUAGAGAAAACAUCUGAUCAUUUUGUGAUGAGAAGAAUUUACUGUUUUCUAAGAAAGUGACAAGUUAGAAGUCCACCGCCUAAAUUAGCCUUUGCACUGAUCGCUACUAUACACGUUAUAGUAUGUUUGUAAAUUCAUUCCCCAAUUCAACAUCUGAAUAUGGACCUCCACCUCUUGUCAUGCAAGUGGAUAAAACUGAGUUACCUUAUUCUUCGGCAAGAGGGUGGCAAGAUACUCGAGUAAAAACUGAGGACUUUACAAUGACUUUAAAUAAUAUUCGGAAUGAUGAUAAUUAUCUUACACCAAUGCAACAUAAACUGUGUUCCCUAGUUAUGACAUUGGGGUACAACAGCUGUACUGUAAAUGAUGUCUGGAUUAAUGGUUCAAAUAAUGAUACAAACACUGCAUCAAUUAAGUGCCGUUCUCAAGAAAUGUAUGAUUUUUUAUACAAUCAGUUCCAAGAUGAGGACAGAGUAAGACAGAAUCCAGAGGUGAAAAAUAUACUGAAAGAUAAUUCAUACUUUGUGGAUAUAGAAGAAUAUAUAAUUCCAUCACCAUCAGACAUGUCAGAACAAGAUGUAGGUGAUAUAAUGUCAUCAGAGAGUUACACCUAUCGAUCUUACUUAGGAGCUGAGACUAGAAAUGUUGAAUUCAAGAAAGGCGGGGGUGGAUACAUACAAAGGUACCUAAGGGAUGAUAUUGAGAAAUACACAGUUGCUUUUCUAAAUUCUCAUUCAACGGGUAGCUUUUUACUAAUAGGUGUAACAGAUGAUGGUUACAUUGAGGGAGUUCAUGUGAACCAUGCUAAUGAGGAUCAUAUAAGGAAAUCAAUUAUUGACCCUGCAAUGAAGGCUAUCACUGGUACGCCAUCUAUCCUGUAUGUCUCACCUGAUAUGUAUCGAGUUGAUUUCGUACCAGUCAUGGACGACCGUAAACGAGUGAUUCGAGACCAAAAAGUUAUUAGGAUCAAAGUCUGUUCCAGUUCAAGCAGAGAUUUAGAGGAUUUGUAUGCCACCAGCAGGAUGGAGGUAUAUGAACGUCUAGAUGGAAGUGUUACUCUCCUGGAUCCUCUCAAGAUUCAAACACGUUUAAAAGAGAUGUUGCAAAAAUCAUUCAAGGAACAAAAGGAAAUUAUGAAUGAGUCGCAUAAACGAGACCUUGAAUUAAAACAAAAGGAUUUUGAGCUAGAGACAUUGAAAAUUCAAAAUGAUUUACAUAAAGAGUUAGAGACAUUGGAAAUUGAAAAGGAUUUACAUAAAAGAGACCUAGAAUCGAAACAAAGGGAUUUGGAGCUAGAGAGAUUGAAAAUUCAAAAUGAUUAUCAAUCGAAACUUCAAGAUCAAGCUUUAGAAUAUCAAAUGAAGUUGAAAAAUAAAAAAUCUGCAAUUUGUGCUAUUAUGUAGUAAAAUACAUAUACUUCUUAGCUAUAAAUAACAUAGAUCCAGUGCAAUGAUAUAGGUUAAUUAACUUAAUAUAAAGUUAAAACUAUUUAGAUGUAAUUCCAAAAGUAUUUUCAGAGGUUUUUCUUUUUAAAGUAUGCCACGUGUUGUUACUGCCACUAUAUUUUAUCUUACGUGCACUCGUAUUAUGCACUUCAUUUACUUUUUGAAUUACGCAAUCUACAUGUAUUCCGUCCAUGGAUAAUACCUUCAGUGGUAGCAUUCCCUACAUAAAUCCAAUGACCAUGGAUUCUAAAACUUGUGUCUUAAUGUUUAUU